GAGGAAACCUGGAAUGGUCAUUGUCUCACAAAAAUUUCUGAAGAGUAUCAAAACAGUAACAGAAUUCUUCUCUAUAGUAAUCGGAUACUUCGUUUGUUUUCAUUGUCAGGUUUAAAAUACAAAACAAAACGGUAAGUAUCAUUUGAAUAGGACAUGAACGAGGCAUACUGAAUGAUAUAGUGGGACAGAGAGAAAGCUAGCUUCCAAAUCGAUUUCUGAACACACACUCUUAAGAAAAGCGAGUGAAGUGGUUUAUUUGGUUACUGUUGGAAGAGUUUACGUCAACGGGAUGUGCAUAAGGAAUAGAUUUUUCGUGAGAAUCGGUAUUGUUAUACAUUUGGUUACUGCCUUAUGUUAGAUGCACUGUGAGAAGCGGAUUAUAUCAUAUUGGUUUUUCUGCGUUAACUCUCGUAACAGGUUAAGCUUAGAUAGAUUCAGAUGAUAUUAUGCAGUAUUGUAAUACAUUAAUACUUUGAGAAUCCUUCUGUAUUAUAUAAUAUCUACAUGAAAACGUAUUUCAUGUAGUAACCAUGUAACGUUUACCAUAAACAAAAUGUGAUACAAUGAUCAGGAAUUACACUUGUCUUUGGCAAGCGACAUAUUUUAAAUAAAUUGAGCGGGAGAUUUACAAAAAUGUAGCAUUCAUAUUUGGAAAUAUUUUGGAAUGAAUGUUAAAAAUGGAUUAAUGACAGUUUAGUUAUCCUGGAAAAAUACAUGAAAAGGAAUGCAGUUUGUGCAAUAGGCAAUAAUGGAUGUAUCAGUUUUGCUCAAAUGGUUAAGACUGUGCAACCUAUUUUUGAUACUAUGCUUACGGGACUCUUUUAGUAUAGGCAAUAUGGAAUACCUGAAGAAAUACGGUUAUAUUCCGCCAUCUGACGGACUGACGGACAAUCUUUUAUCAGAAGAUUACGUGAAGCAGGCAAUCGCAAUAUUACAAAGAGAAGCAGGACUGCCCGAAACAGGGAUAAUCGAUGAAGAAACUAAGAAGACCAUGUUGCUCCCAAGAUGUGGUGUCGGGGCCAGAAUAGGGACAGCUGACAGAGCGAGAAGGAAACGUUAUGCAUUACACGGAAGUAGCUGGCAAAAUCGUGACAGAAUAUUUUAUAGAAUUAGUGAAUAUUCCAGAAAGAUUUCAAAGGACGAGACUCAAAGAGAACUUCAGCGAGCAUUUGAUUUAUGGUCUGAAAUAAUUCCUUUACGCUUUGAAAGACGGGAGUAUGGCCGAGUUGACAUAGAAAUACGGUUUGUUACGGGGAAUCACGGAGACAAUACCCCGUUUGACGGGAGUGGACAGACACUUGCACAUGCGUACUUCCCACAAUAUGGCGGCGAUGCACAUUUUGAUGAAGAUGAAAGGUGGACUGUAAAUGUUGCUGAAGGUGUUAACCUGUAUCAGGUUGCAGCGCACGAGUUUGGACAUUCACUUGGCCUUGCCCAUUCGGAUGUGAAGUCUGCAUUGAUGGCACCAUUCUAUAGAGGAUACGACCAAAAUUUUAGACUUGACAGAGACGAUAUAUUAGCUGCACAAGAACUUUAUGGGACCAAAACAAAGCCCGAAUUUACGACGAAAUUAUUUAAAUAUUGGACCACAGAAAAGCCAGUAAAAUUUCAUAAACCAUUUGUACAUAUACCUAGCAUUUGUAGAAAUGCUACAAUUGAUGCAAUAACGAGAACAGACAGUGGUAAAACAUUCAUAUUUCAAGGGGAAUAUUAUUACCAACUUAAUGAGCAGGGAAUAGAUACAGGAUAUCCAAAAAUGAUUCAAUCAGACUGGGGAAACAUAGAGGGGCCUAUUGAUGCGGCGCUUACCUGGCCUAAUGGAUGGACAUUCAUUUUCAAAGGAAGUCAGUACUGGAAAUUUCACGACCAACAACUUAUUUAUGGGCCUAAAAAUAUAUCAGAAGGAUUUGAUGGUAUUCCUGGAGACAUUGAUACCGCCUUUGUUUGGAGCGGUAACGGAAAGACGUACUUUGUCAAAGGAAACAAAUAUUGGCGUUACCAUGGCAACAGAAUUGAUUAUGGUUACCCUAGAGAUUUGAAAAUUUGGAGAGGUCUACCGGAGCGAAUAAAUGCUGCAUUCCAAUGGAAGAACAGGAAAACAUAUUUCUUCUCCGGGGAUCAGUACUACCGAUAUAACGAUCUAAUAUUCCAUAUUGACACAGGCGGCUAUCCUAGAGAUAUUGCACCUUGGUGGCUUGGCUGCCCCGACAAGAGCCAGAUAAAUGCCCUCGACAAACAACACGCUAUGCAAAAUAAAUUUGGAGUUAAAUAUGACACAUUUUCUUCUGACAAUUCACGCCAUAACGAUGAACAGUGGAUAACGGUGGAUGAACCUCAUUAUAACAGUGGAUUGCACGCAGACAAUGACAAUACUGUUCAUAGUGGAACUGUGAUAGGAUCUAGUCGUGUAACCAAUCUCCAAGCAUUGUGUAUAUCAUUUAUCAUAACAAACUCUUUCUUUUUGUAUUUUCCAGUUUUUACUUUACAUUAACAUCAAUUUUAAAAUAAAUAACAAUAAAUAUGUGUUUUGUUAUUUUAAUACAUGCAUACGUAGUUAUAUCUCAAACAAUAAAGUUUACAAAAAGACUGUUCAGAUAGUGCUUGCCUAUUGAAGUUGCUAUGAAUUGAACUUGAAUUGUCUUUUCCUGUGAUUACCAUUUCUUUGUCAUUCUUUUAUAUAAUGUUUUGUAUAUAUGUAUGAUAUAAUUGUACAAGUUUAUUGAAUAAAAUAUUUAACGAUGA